GUUUGUCAGAGCAUUGGGUGCACACGAGUGGUUGAGCUGGGAGCCUGCGAGGAACAAAAACACCAUGUUUGAAUUGAUACCCAGACGUGCGUGGUUCAGCAUGAUGGAAAACAGCUUGAUGUACUUCUCACGCAUGCAUAGCUGGCGACCCGAACCCUCUAUGAGGCGGUCCACGGCCCUGGUCAGAUGAGUCCUCUGUUCAUGUGAACAGUGUUCCCGGAGACUUAAAAUACGUCUUUUCUGCUUUCGUGCCAAUACAUCGAAAGAAGCCACCAACGGACCACAUUGUCUUCCCCAUUCUGCCCAUGCGAAGGCUUGGCAUUCGAUGAUCGGCUGCUCUUCGUUGAUGAUUGUACCAGCUUCGAUGUCUUGCGUCGCAUACACCGCAAUGCCGCCAUUAGGCGACUUGCCGACUCUCGAGAGGACAACCGUGGACAUCGCGUGUUCAGCCCCCGCUUGGCGAAAAGAAGAAUGGUGCACCGCUAUCAAGCGUUGCCGUAGUUGACGUCGGAAAGAAGUUACCCACCUAGCAUCCGCGAGUCCCCUUAAAAUAAAGAUGUUUGGUAGACGAGAGUUUCCUUCAAGAACAGAUGCUUGGAUUUCGCGUGAUAUUCUUUUUGCGCGGGUCUAUAAACCGAAAGCAGUGCCGUCUCUGUUUGAAAAUAUCUUUGUGAUGAAGAAUAGAUGUUCAGGUCCAGACAUGACAGAAGGGUAGCUGUCUUAGGUAGCUACAAUGCCAAGAAUAUUUGUUUCUAGAGAUGACGAGUAGCG